AUGGAGAGCCGCGACUGGGGCCUGGGCCAGCCGCGGGCUGGUUUCUGCCUGCUUCUGGCCGCCCUGCAACUUCUGUCCGGGACACAGGCCGAGCCUGUGGACGUGCUGAAGGCCCUGGGUAUGCAGAGAGGCCAGGCUGGGGUCCACGAGGGGCCUGGCUUCUGUCCCCAGAGGGCUCCAGAGGGUGAUCGGGCAUUUGGGGUAGGCAAGGCUAGCAUCCUCAGCAUCCCCACAUGGGAGCUCUUUCCAGAUGAGCACUUUCCUGCGAACUUCUCUGUGCUGAUGACUCUGCGAGGCCAAGCGGCCAAUCAUUCUGUCUUGCUCUCCAUUUAUGAUGAGAAGGGUGCCCGGCAGCUGGGCCUGGCACUGGGGCCAGCUGUAGCCCUCCUGGGUGGUUCCUUUACUCCCCUCCCCCAGAAACUCAACCUCACAGAUGGCAGGUGGCACCGUGUGGCAGUCAGCGUAGAUGGAGGGAUGGUGACCUUGGUCACCGAUUGUGAACCUCAGCCCCCAGUGUUGGGUCAAGGGCCUCGAUUCAUCAGUACAGCUGGACUCACUGUGCUGGGGACCCAAGACCUUGCAGAGGAGACUUUUGAGGGAGACAUUCAGGAGCUUCUGCUGAGUCCAGAUCCUCAGGAUGCCUUCCAAGCCUGUGAGAGGUACCUCCCUGGCUGUGACAACCUGGACCCUGCAACCUCAGGGGCCCUGCAGAGUGAGCCAGAAACCGGUCCUCCUCGGCACAAGGGUAAAGGAAAAGGGAAGAGAAAAGGACGGGGUCGGAAGGGUAAAGGCAGGAAGAAGAAAAAGGGAACUGAAACCAGUGACUUCCCCCAACCGAGCCUGCCUCCUGGCUUCCUGGAAAACCAAACCUCCACUGACAUCCCAAGGACCGAGGUACCAGUUUCAAAUCUGCCUCUGACUCCCACACCUUUGGUCAUCAUCUCCACUGUGACUACUGGCCAUAAUGUCACGAUACUAGAGGAGGACCUGGACCUUGACAAUGGAACUAAGCUAGGGACCCCAGAGGCUGAAGCAGCCAGGGAGGAUGAAGAAGGAGGUGACUCCACCAUGGGCCCCGACUUCCGGGCAGCAGAACAACCAACUCGGAUUCAGUUCCAGAUCUUUCCAGGCACUGGAGAAAAGGGGGCGAAAGGAGAGCCUGCAGUGAUUGAGCAGGGUCAGCAGUUUGAGGGACCUCCAGGAGCCUCUGGACCCCGAGGGUUGGUUGGCCCCUCAGGGCCUCCUGGUCCCCCAGGUUUCCCUGGAGACCCUGGUCCACCGGGCCCUGCUGGCCUCCCAGGAAUCCCCGGCAUUGAUGGUAUCCGGGGCCAACCAGGCACUGUGAUCAUGAUGCCGUUCCAGUUUGCAAGCAGCUCCCACAAAGGACCCCUAGUGUCCUUCCAGCAAGCCCAGGCCCAGGCAGUACUUCAGCAGGCCCAGCUGUCCAUGAAAGGUCCCCCUGGCCCAGUGGGGCUCACUGGGCGCCCAGGUCCUGUGGGUCUCCCUGGGCAGCCAGGUUCAAAAGGAGAGGGAGGAGUGAUGGGACCACAGGGUCCCCGAGGCCUGCAGGGACCUCAUGGACCCCCUGGCCAAGUGGGCAAGAUGGGCCGCCCUGGAGCAGAUGGGGCUCGAGGUCUCCCGGGGGAUACUGGUCCGAAGGGUGAUCGAGGCUUUGAUGGUCUUCCAGGGCUGCCUGGUGAGAAGGGCCAAAAGGGUAAUUUUGGCCAUGUGGGGCAACCUGGUCCCCCCGGAGAAGAUGGCAAGAGGGGACCAGAGGGCCCUCCAGGACCUACUGGACAGGCUGGGGAGCCGGGCCCCCGUGGACUGAUUGGCUCCAGAGGCUCCCCUGGCUCCCCGGGUCGCCCGGGUGUGGUCGGAAUUGAUGGCGCUCCAGGUGCCAAAGGCAAUGUGGGUCCUCCAGGAGAACCAGGCCCUCCAGGACAGCAGGGAAAUCAUGGGUCUCAGGGACUCCCUGGCCCCCAGGGACCCAUUGGCCCCCCCGGGGAGAAGGGCCCACCUGGAAACCCAGGAAUUCCAGGCCUCCCAGGAGCUGAUGGCCCUCCGGGUCACCCAGGUCAUGAGGGCUCCACAGGAGAGAAAGGUACCCAGGGUCUGCCGGGGUCAUCAGGCCCUCCGGGCUAUCCUGGACCUCGGGGUGUGAAGCCUGGACCCUCAGGUCCCCGAGGAGAGGAUGGCCCUGAGGGGCUAAAAGGACAGGAGGGGCUGGCCGGUGAAGAGGGUCCCUCAGGCUUAGCUGGGGAGAAGGGCAAGCUUGGAGUGCCAGGUCUCCCAGGUUACCCAGGACGUCCAGGACCUAAGGGAUCUAUUGGAUUUCCUGGGCCCCUUGGACCAAUAGGAGAGAAAGGGAAGCGGGGGAAGAUGGGACAGCCAGGGCUGGAAGGAGAGCGAGGACCACCAGGCUCCCGUGGAGAGAGGGGACAACCAGGUGCCACGGGGCAACCAGGCCCCAAGGGUGAUGUGGGGCAGGAUGGGCCCCCUGGGAUCCCUGGAGAAAAGGGCCUCCUUGGUCUGCAAGGCCCUCCAGGAUUCCCUGGGCCAAAGGGCCCCCCUGGUCCCCAGGGGAAAGAUGGGAGACCAGGGCACUCUGGACAGAGAGGAGAAUUGGGCUUCCAAGGUCAGACAGGCCCACCUGGACCAGCUGGCAUCCUGGGUCCUCAGGGAAAGACAGGAGAAGUGGGGCCCCUGGGUGAAAGGGGACCCCCAGGUCCUCCUGGACCUCCUGGUGAACAAGGUCUUCCAGGCCUGGAAGGUAGAGAAGGGGCCAAGGGGGAACUGGGCCCAUCAGGACCCCUUGGGAAGGAAGGGCCAGCUGGACCUAGGGGCUUCCCUGGCCCUCAGGGACAUCCUGGGGAUCUGGGACCUCCUGGUUUGAAGGGUGACAAAGGCCCCCCAGGGCCCACUGGGGCCAAUGGCCCCCCUGGUGAGCGGGGUCCUGUGGGCCCAGCAGGAGGCAUUGGACUUCCUGGCCAGAGCGGUGGCCAGGGGCCUGUUGGCCCUGCAGGCGAGAAAGGGUCUCCGGGAGAACGUGGUCCUCCUGGCCCUACUGGCAAAGAUGGGAUCCCAGGGCCCUUGGGUCCUCUAGGACCCUCUGGACCUGCUGGGCCCUCUGGAGAGGAAGGGGACAAGGGGGAGGUGGGAGCCCCCGGUCACAAAGGGAGCAAAGGUGACAAGGGAGAUGUGGGCCCACCUGGACCAACAGGGAUACGGGGUCCCGUGGGACACCCAGGCCCCCCAGGAGCAGAUGGGGCUCAGGGACGCCGGGGACUCCCAGGCCUCUUUGGACAUAAAGGAGAUGAUGGAGUCAGAGGCUUUGUGGGGAUGAUUGGUCCCCCUGGCUUGCAGGGGCUGCCAGGCCCUCCCGGAGAGAAGGGUGAGGUUGGAGAUGUCGGGUCCAUGGGUCCCCCUGGAGCUCCAGGUCCUCGGGGUCCCCUUGGACCCAGUGGAUCAGAGGGCUCUCCAGGGCUGCCAGGAGGAGUUGGUCAGCCGGGCGCUGUGGGUGAGAAGGGUGAGCCAGGGGAACCUGGAGACCCAGGACCUCCUGGAACCCCAGGAAUCCCAGGGCCCAAGGGAGAAGUUGGUGAAAAGGGAGACACAGGUCCAUCUGGGGCUGCUGGACCCCCAGGCAAGAAAGGCCCCUCUGGGGAGGAUGGUGCCAAAGGGAACGUGGGCCCCACGGGACUCCCUGGAGACCUAGGGCCUCCAGGAGAUCCUGGAGUUUCCGGUAUAGAUGGUCCCUCUGGGGAGAAGGGAGACCCUGGUGAUGUUGGGGCACCGGGUCCACCUGGAGCUUCUGGGGAAGCUGGAACUCCUGGGCCUCCUGGCAAGAGGGGCACUCCUGGCCGUGAGGGUCGAGAAGGCAAAGAAGGAGAGAAAGGUGCCAAGGGGGAGCCAGGUCCUGAUGGGCCCCUGGGAAGGACAGGCCCAGUGGGGGCUCGAGGACCCCCUGGACGCGUGGGGCCUGAAGGCCUUCAAGGGAUCCCAGGUCCUGUGGGUGAACCAGGCCUUCUGGGACCCCCUGGGCAGAUUGGUCCUCCUGGCCCCCUGGGGCCCUCUGGCCUCCCAGGGCUGAAGGGAGAUGCUGGCCUCAAGGGGGAAAAGGGCCAUAUUGGAUUAAUUGGUCUCAUUGGCCCCCCUGGAGAGGCUGGUGAGAAAGGGGAUCAGGGUCUGCCUGGCGUUCAGGGGCCCCCAGGACCCAAGGGAGACACUGGUCCCCCUGGUCCCAUCGGCUCUCUGGGCCCCCCUGGAUCCCCAGGUGUGGCGGGUCCUCUGGGACAGAAAGGCUCAAAGGGGUCUCCGGGAUUCCUUGGUCCCCGUGGAGAUACUGGUCCUCCAGGCCCCCCAGGACCCCCGGGUCCCUCUGCAGAGCUUCUUGGGCUGCGUCGCCGGCGCUCCAUCCCAGUCCCUGAGCACGGCCUGGAGGAGGUGCUGGCCUCGCUCACGUCGCUGAGCUUGGAGCUGGAACAGAUGCGACGCCCUCCGGGUACAGCGGAGCGGCCGGGCCUCGUGUGCCAUGAACUGCACCGCAACCACCCGCACCUGCCGGAUGGGGAAUACUGGAUUGACCCCAACCAGGGCUGUGCCAGGGAUGCCCUCAGGGUUUUCUGCAACUUCACAGCAGGAGGAGAAACAUGCCUCUAUCCCGACAAGAAGUUUGAGAUAUUCUCCUAUGUGGAUGCCGACGGGUCCCCAGUGAAUGUGGUGCAGCUGAACUUCCUGAAAUUGCUGAGCGCCAUGGCUCGCCAGCGUUUCACUUACUCCUGCCAGAACUCAGUCGCCUGGCUGGACGAAGCUGCAGGUGACCACAGCCGCUCCCUCCGCUUCCUCGGUACCAAUGGGGAGGAGCUGUCUUUCAACCAGACAGCAGCGGCCACCAUCAGUGUUCCUCAGGAUGGCUGCCGGCUCCGGAAGGGACAGGCAAAGACCCUCUUGGAAUUCAGCUCUUCUCGAGCAGGCUUUUUGCCCCUGUGGGAUGUGGCAGCCACUGACUUUGGCCAGACGAACCAGAAGUUUGGGUUUGAACUGGGCCCCAUCUGCUUUAGCAGCUGAGAGUCUUUGGGGUGGGAGGACAAUAAGGCGCCCCCAGAGGGGCACAUUUGGUGCUGAGGCUUUGAAGCCAUCAUAUUUAUCAUUUUCUGUGACUCUGAAGCCAG